CUCUCUCUCUCUGUCUCACUCUUUCUCACUUGCUCCUCCUCUGGUUGCAGACACCAGACAGCUGAACUGAGAUGAGGACCAUCUCCCACGUGUCCAAGUGAGAAGAAAAGUCAAGACGUGGACGUGUCAGCGUCUUAGCUCAUUGGACGACCUCGUCCAGGUGCAGCGUCCACGCCCACUAGUCCACGGAUGUGGGCGCCCCCGGACGAGAGUUGUAUCGUGACGUCAGCGCAAUCGUCACCAGAGGAAGUAAGGCGCACUCUGACGGACCGGCAGCAAAAUUGAUUGAACGCAAAAUGGUGCAUAGCGGCCACCUGCUGCUGCUGCCAUUGGUUCUCUUUUUUCUACUUCCUGUAAUCAAGGCACACCCUUCCAACAGUGACGACCACUCAGAUGCAGUGGCUUUGGCCAGCAUUUCGUUGGAGGACAGCGACGACGACGACGACGACAACGAAGAAGAGUCGUCAUCGGAGGAAAAGAAAGACGGCGAUGAAGUGACACAGGGCAACCUAAACGCGCUGCAAAUACCUUCCUCGUUAGCAUCGGCUCCUCGCUGGUCGUCUCCGGACAAGCCGCUGCACUCCGUUCCCGUCGGCAGCACCAUCAAGUUUCGUUGCCGGGUAAUGGGAAGCCCCGCCCCUACGCUGGAAUGGUACAAGAAUGGGAUUGAUAUCAAGCUACAGAACAGACUCGGUGGCUUCAAGAAAGGAGAAGCCGCUCUUACCUUGCGGGACGCGGUGCCUGCCGACUCCGGGAACUACUCUUGCGUGGCGCAAAAUGCGCACGGACGCAUCGAGCGCCACUUCAAGCUGGACGUUGUCGAGCGCUCUUCUCACAGGCCCAUCCUCCAGGCCGGCCUUCCGGCCAAUCAAACGGCGGUGGCGGGCGGCGACGUGCGCUUCUCCUGCCAUGUGGACAGCGACCUGACCCCUUACGUGGAGUGGAUCAAAGUGGAUGAGGGUGGCCUUCUCGAACGACACGACGGGCGCCCGGCCGGCCUCGUCGUCAAGGUGGCCGGCGUCAACUCCACCAAAGAAGAUCUGGAGCUCCUCACUUUGAGCAACGUCAGCGCGGCCGACGUGGGCGAGUACGCCUGCGUCGCCAGCAACCACAAUGGCGUUUCGUACCAGUCAGCCUGGCUCACCGUGCUGGAGGGCCCGCCCCCUGAGCUGCAGCUUCCUCCGAGCUACGGGCAGAUCUUCUUCUACUCCGUGGGCUUCUUCGUGGCCGUCACACUGACCUUCACCGCCAUCAUCUGUAAACUGUGCGCCGGUGCCAGGCCCGGGAAGUCCAGCGCCCCCGGGAACCAGCUGGCUGUCCACAAGCUCGCCAAGAGCGUCGUGCUGAAGAGACAGGUGUCUCUGGGGUCUUCCUUGUCCCGCCGUUCCGAGAAGUCCCGGGCAUGUCCACCUACUCCCACCAGCGGGACGCCGCUCAUGGCCGCCACGUCCCCUGAAUACCAGCUGCCGUACGACCCUCAGUGGGAACUUCCUCGUGAGAGGCUAACGCUGGGCAAACCGCUGGGCGAGGGGUGCUUCGGGCAGGUGGCCUUAGCGGAGGCGACGGGGUUGGACCAAGAGCAUCCGUCGCGCGUCACCAAGGUGGCGGUCAAGAUGCUGAAAGCGGACGCCGGUGAAAAGGACCUGAUGGACCUCAUCUCAGAGAUGGAGAUGAUGAAGAUGAUCGGUCGGCACAAGAACAUCAUCAACCUGAUCGGCGCCUGCACGCUGGAUGGGCCACUUUACGUGGUGGUGGAGUACGCCGCCCGAGGGAACUUACGGGAGCACCUCCGUGCGCGCCGCCCUUCUGACGAGUACUGGCGCCGCUCGGCCGAGGCGCCACCCGCCGGUGUGGAUCUCCUAGAGCUGGUGUCGGCGGCGUAUCAGGUGGGCCGAGGAAUGGCCUACCUGGCGUCGAAGAAGUGCAUCCACCGAGAUUUGGCGGCCCGGAACGUUCUGGUCACGCAAGAGCUGGUCAUGAAGAUAGCGGACUUUGGCCUGGCCAGAGAUGUGCACCGGGUGGACUACUACAAGAAGACAACUAAUGGUCCUCUGCCGGUCAAGUGGAUGGCACCCGAAGCUUUGUUCGACCGCAUCUACACGCACCAAAGUGACGUGUGGUCUUUCGGCAUCCUGCUGUGGGAAAUCUUCACAUUGGGAGCGUCACCGUACCCCGGAGUCCCUGUGGAGGAUCUCUUCAAACUUCUCAAAGAAGGCCACCGCAUGGACAAACCUUUCGCCUGCACACAAGAGCUCUACGAGAUGAUGCAAGACUGCUGGCACGCCGUCCCUUCUCGCCGGCCCACCUUCCCGACGCUUGUCCGGCGUUUGGACUUGAUGCUAGCCGCGCUAGCCCAGCAGGACUAUCUGGAGCUCGUCCAGAACGUCUCAUCCUGCCCCUUGACCGCGUAGACGAUUAUUUCGUUGUCGUCGUCGUCAAGAAAGCCGAGCUCAAAAGCGUAAAGUUGAGGUGUCACUCUUUGUGCAUUUGUGUUGUUGAUAAUGCGUGUAAAUAUUGUCAAUAAUUGGAAAAGUUUGGAUGUGACGCUAACUGUGAUGGCCACCGAGGCUAGCCAAGAUGAAUGUUAGCCCGAUGCUAAUGCUAUGAGAAAUGUCCGCUCUUUAAAGCAGGAAGUGCAUGUAAAUAUUGUCAAUAACUGUGAUAAGAAUUGCAUAAUUCUUUUAAAAGAAAUCAUCUGGACUUAUAUUUAUACUAUUUUUUAUUCUUUGCAUUGACUAAACAUUGCCAAUAUAUGCCCAGAAUGGCAACCAACCCACUUGUUGAACAUUGACUGGUGACCAUUUCAUUUGGCAGUAAAAGCUGAUUGAUGAUGACCUACUAGUUCAACAAAUUUUUCAAAUUGUAUAAAAACGAAAGCAUUAAGAGGGGUUUGAAUAUCAAAUUACAAUAACUCAUACCAACAUUUAUCUUUUAAGAACUACAAGCCAAAUGAGUUAAAACGUCUUUGUGAUGGAAGUUCUGAUUCUGUGUACACAAGAAAAACAAGACAGAAAUUUAAAUGCAUCAAAGUUUUUAUUUGGUGGUCAAAUGGGGACGCUUUGUGACCGGCACGAAAACGCAUAAAUUAAGGAAACGGAUCAAAGGUGAGAGCGU